AUGGAGACGAGAACGCUAGCACAGGUGCGUGCCGCCGACGCCGACACGCUGUACAGCUUGUACUUCCCGGAAGGGCGCGUCUCGGCGGCGGCGGCGGUCGGCUGCGUCUGCCUCUGCGUCGACUACCUCACCUGCAGCUCGCAACCACCGUCGCACGGGGUCGAGGGGUCGGACGCGGCAGCCGGAAUGGCGGACCGGCUUGGGCCAGGGUCGCACCCACCGGCGGACGUGGUCGAGGGGUUCGAGGCGGCCAUCUGCAGCAUGGUGGCUCGGCUCGGGCUCCCGGCCGCCGUCGGGGAGCGCGCCAAGGAUGUGUUCAGGAAGAUGGACGAGGCCAACGCGUGGCCGCCUGGCCCAGGCCGGCGCAAGGACCGGAGCAAGGGCAAGAGAAAGGGCCCGCUGGCCUACGCGGCCUGCCUCUCGAUCGCGUGCCGCACCGAAGGCUCAGCGCGGUCUCUGAGGGAGCUGGCCCUGGCGGCGGCGUGCGGCGGCGCGGCGGCGAGGAAGGAGAUCGUCAGGCUGGUCACGCACAUCAGGAUGCGGCUCGGCGAAGAGGAGGUCGGGCAGGCGACGGGAAUCGGGAUGGUGUGCCCCUCCAGCUACGUGCGCCGCUUCGGCGCGCUGGCCAGGCUGGGCGAAGCGGACGAGGCGGCGGCGCUGGCCCUGGCAGCGGCGCGGCGGCUGGAGGGCGGCGCCCUGGACGUGCGGCACAACCCGGAGCCCGUGGCUGCCGCCGUCGUCUGCCUGGCCCUCGAGCGUGGCGGCGCCGCCAGGAAGCCCGUCAAGGACGUGGCCACCGCCACCGGUAUCGCCUAUCACACCAUAAAUCGUGUGUGCAUGAUCCUGCGUCCGCACGCCGGCCGGCUCUUUGGCUGA